GAGUAGCACUGACAGAUUACCGAAAACGGCUAGUCUACCCCGGAUUGAACUCGCCGCGGUUCUCUCUUCGUCUCCAUCUCUCACCACAAUCCCACCAUGGCUCCUAUUCCCCUCAGCGCGGUCGACGGUGCGUCUAUUUGGUUUCUCAUUCUUCUCGAUGAAUGUUUUACUAACUCGCUUCCGCUUCCAGCCGACCUCAAAGAUGUCAUCCAACACCUGUUUGAGAUCCAAUCCGCGGUGCACGGCUACCUAGGCCCGGAGACGCAACAAGAGCUUGUCCGCAAAAUAAAAAACCUCACUAUCGCCCUUUCAACCCUGAGCACCCACACCGCCGAUACGCACCACGCCGAUGCCAUCCCCAACAGCAAUCCGAACGACCCUCCCGUGCACAGCAUCCAACUUCCCCCCGAGAUCAUCGAUUACGUCGACGCGUCACGAAACCCGGAUAUCUACACUCGUGAAUUCGUGGAGUUGAUCCAGCGGGGCAACCAGGACCUGCGGGGAAAGAAAGAAGCGUUUGGGAGUUUCCGGGAUGUGUUGGCCAGGGAGAUGAGGGGAGCGAUGCCGGAGGUGAGGGGGGAAGUGGAUCGGGUGUUGGCUGCUACCGGGGGGGAAGGGAAUGGGGAGGCAGGGCGUAGCUGAGGGGGUAAUUUCAAGGGAUAGAGGGGAAUAUUGGUUUGGAGUUGGGGAUCCGUGAAGGGUUGGAGUUAUGGUAUUUUUAUGAAUGUUAUUGAUUAUGGCUGAUGGUGAUGCUGAGGUUGGCGGAGUCGGAAUCCAUUGCCGACCAACCUUAGACUUUCGAGUCACAAGUCAGCAAGGUUCAGCCUUGUGGCCGCCCAGCGCCCCUGGGCUGGGGGGUGCUGAGGCUAUUAAUAUCUCCCAGGCGAUCCACGUGUGGACGCAAGGGUUGUGAAGAGAUCUCUCUGAUUCUGUGGCCGGUUGAGGGAAAAGACGUCUAGAAUCACCCAGGAGGGCUAUCCCAACAUCACCCUCCAGCGUCCGCCCAGCUUGCC